GCUUGCUCUGCCAGCGACUGGCUGCCCGGCUAGGCGUGGUGACAGGCAAGGACUUGGGUGAGGUCUGCCAUCUCUACUAUCCUAAGCAUCUCUACACUGGGACCAGGCUUCCAGCCCGCAAGCAAAGGCUUCUCCCUCAAAGGAGUGCCACACGUAACCCACAUCCAGACCACAGCAAUCUCCCAUUAAGCACUUCUUGCAAAACCUAACUGGAAGCCAGCUGCGAGACCAUCCUGCAAAUGUAGUUUGGAGGUUUCUAGCCCUGAAGUACCAUGCCGAGUGUGAAAAGCUGGGUGUCGGGUGAAGCAACGGUCAAAUCACUGGCCCACUUUUAAAGAAGCAACAUCUCCUCCCCAGGUGCCCCGCACUCUGGUCUGGCUGACCAUCGAGCUGGCCAUUGUGGGCUCAGACAUGCAGGAGGUCAUUGGUACUGCGAUUGCAUUCAAUCUGCUCUCGGAUGGACGAAUCCCGCUCUGGGGUGGCGUCCUGUUCACAAUCGGGGACACGUUCUUCUUCCUCUUUCUGGAUAGCUACGGGUUGCGGAAGCUGGAAGCUUUCUUUGGAUUUCUCAUUACCAUUAUGGCUGUGACCUUCGGCUAUGAGUACGUGGUGGCCCGCCCUGCUCAGGGAGCACUCCUCCGGGGUCUGUUCCUGCCCUCCUGCCCGGGCUGCGGUCAGCCCGAGCUUCUGCAAGCCGUAGGCAUCGUUGGGGCCAUCAUCAUGCCCCACAACAUCUACCUGCACUCAGCCUUGGUGAAGACUCGGGAUAUAGACCGAGCCCGUCGGGGGGACAUCCGGGAAGCCAACAUGUACUUCCUGAUUGAAGCCACCAUCGCCCUGUCUGUGUCCUUCAUCAUCAACCUCUUUGUCAUGGCUGUCUUUGGCCAGGCCUUCUACCAGCAAACCAACCAGGAUGUGUCCAACGUCUGUGCCAACAGCAGCCUCCACGACUAUGCCAAGAUCUUCCCCAGGGACAACACCACAGUGUCGGUGGACAUUUACCGUGGAGGUGUGAUCCUGGGCUGCCUCUUUGGCCCCGCAGCGCUCUACAUCUGGGCUGUGGGUCUCCUGGCCGCAGGGCACAGCUCCACCAUGACGGGCACAUACGCGGGACAGUUCGUGAUGGAGGGCUUCCUGAGGCUGCGCUGGUCCCGCUUUGCCCGGGUCCUCCUAACCCGCUCCUGUGCCAUCCUGCCCACCGUGCUUGUGGCUGUCUUCCGAGACCUGAGUGACCUGUCAGGCCUAAACGAUCUGCUCAACGUGCUUCAGAGCCUGCUGCUUCCCUUUGCUGUGCUGCCCAUCCUGACCUUCACCAGCAUGCCUGCCAUCAUGCAGGAGUUUGCCAACGGCCGGCUGAGCAAGGCUGUCACUUCUGGUAUCAUGGCCCUAAUCUGUGCCGUCAACCUCUACUUUGUGGUCACCUACGUGUCCAACCUCCCGCACCCUGCCUACUUCGGCCUUGUAGCUGUGCUGGCUGUAGCCUACCUGAGCCUUAUUACCUACCUGGCCUGGACCUGUUGCAUCGCCCAUGGAGUUGCCUUUCUGAGCCACAGCUCACACCAGCACUUCCUAUAUGGGCUCCCUGAAGGGGAGUAAAAGGAUGGGAAGAGCUUGGAGUGAGCCCCUCAGCAGGGAAGUAGAAUGAGGGGCACACUGGCCUGCUAGACAUGGAGGCAGCAAGAUGGAGCAAGACCCUUGGAGGCUCACCAACCUAACCUUACCUUUUUCUACUUCAAACAAGUGCUUACCCUCUAGGUCUCAUUGUUCUCAUCUGUAAAAUGGGAACUACACGGACUUGCCAUGGACGUAAAAUGUUUUAAUAUAAUACUCCACACUUGGCAC